GCUCCAACUCUCGCGAUAUUUCCUCAGUGGUCUCGGAGCAGUAUGGCAGCCGUCGCGCUGAGGUCUUGCCGCAGAGGACUUUCGCAGAUUUUAAGCAAUGGGGGGCUCGCAGCUCUGUCUUCAAAGCGUCUGGAAGGUUUGUUGAGGUGUCCUCUUAUGGCAGGAACACUCGGUAACGUUCGUGUGUCUUACAGAGAACCCAGGAGGCACAAAUCUUCGGUUCAGUAUGCUUCACGACCAGAUCUCCCAAAGCUGGCCUACAGGAGAGUGAAGGGAAAGAGCCCAGGUGUGGUUUUCCUCCCAGGUUAUGGCUCCAACAUGAAUGGACAGAAAGCUGAGGCGCUGGAAGAGUUCUGUAGGUCACUGGGACACUCAUACCUCAGGUUUGAUUACACAGGACAUGGAGCCUCAGGAGGUGUGCUAUCAGAAGGAACUAUUGGUACCUGGAAAAAAGAUGUCCUUUUUGUGUUGGAUGAGUUGGCAGAGGGGCCACAGAUACUGGUUGGUUCCAGUAUAGGUGGUUGGCUUAUGCUGCUGGCAGCCAUUGCCAGACCAGAGAAGACAGCUGCACUGGUGGGCAUCUCCACUGCCGCUGAUCAUGUUGUCACAGCGUUCAACUCUCUUCCGCUGGAGACACGCAAGGAGUUUGAGGCCAAGGGGGAGUGGACUAUACCCACCAAACACAUGGAGGAGGGUGUUUACAAGUUUAACAUGGACUUUUUGCGUGAGGCAGAAAAUCACUGUGUUCUCCAGAGUCCCAUCCCCAUCACCUGCCCCGUGCGGCUCAUUCAUGGGCUCAAAGACGAGGAUGUCCCCUGGCACAUCUCCAUGCAGGUUGCAGAGCGUGUCCUCAGCUCCGACGUGGACGUCAUCCUCCGACGACAUGGCCAGCACCGCAUGUCUGACAAGGACGACAUCAAGCUUAUGGUCUACACCAUUGACGAUCUCAUCGAUAAGCUGACCACUAUGGUCUGAGUAAGGAAUAGGAAAGUGAGCCAGAGAUGUUCCUAAGAUUAAAAGAUAAUGACUUUGUUAACUGGGAAGUCAACCCUCAAGGAUAUUACCAAACAACGGCAUGUUGCACCGCCAAAUAUGACCUUUUAUCCAUCUAUGUUUUUCAUCCCGUACUUCAUCAUGUCAACAUGUUGGAAAAUUGAAAACUAUAUUGUAAGGGAGCCCUCCUGCUAGCUGUUCCCUUGUAUCUUCAGGUUGCAUUUGUAUGUGCUCCAGGUUAUUGUAUCAAGUGUUACGUUUGGUAAGCCGUUCUUAGGUCUGCCAUUGCUGCUGUCUCUGCCGUUGUUCUUACUGUUUGGCUGUCUUUUCCCCUCCUUCCCUCCUCCAUCUUUACUUAGAAACACAGUUUUCCUGUGCCUUUUUAAUCACUUUUCACCCGUUUUUGGCUAAUAAAACCUUUGCACACUA